AUGGAUGAGGAAAAAAUCAGCGAAGAGGAGAGAUUUGCUACUACAACAUCGUAUCAUGGCUGGGCGCAUAUCUAUGACGGCAAUAAUGGUCGAAUGACCAAGAUUAUUUGGAUGAUCUUGGUCAUCUUAGCUACAGCAGCUUGCAUCAGCCAAUGUAUUAUAAUCAUUUAUAACGCUAGCAAACUGCCGACACGAAUGGUCAUUCGUAAACAGUUAAUGAACACUUCCAUCUUUCCAUCAGUAACGCUAUGUAACACUAACGAUUAUGAUCGCAGUGCUUUACCUGCCGCUGAUUUAUACCAUCAAUCUGCUUUAGUCAAGGCAAUCUAUGGAUCAGGCGAUCCUAACAAGACAAAUGCCGCUAUAAACUACUUUGAUAAGAAAUUUGGAGGUAAUUUCCAAUUUGAAAAUCUUACCCGUGUAGCUGGCCAUAAAUUAUCAAACAUGUUGCUUUCUUGUACAUGGAUGGAACAACCUUGUUAUGCUACCGAUUUUGUUAAUAUCAUAACUGAUGGAGGUAGCUGUUUUACAUUCAAUCCCGGCACCGGUAAUCUAUCUCUGAAGAAUGAAACUGUCAGCGGCAAUAGUAAUGGUUUAAGGCUCAUUUUAAAUGUUGAACAAUAUAAAUACUACUCGGGAAUUUUUGCUCUAGAACAACCCGAUGCUGGCAUCAGAUUUACAACCCACUAUUACAAGCAAACACCUAAUUUUAUUUCUAAAUCUUACUACGCCCCGACUGGUUUUCAUACCUACGUUCCCAUAACUCUCCAGCAUGAUAAAAGAUUAAAGAAGCCAUGGGGACAGUGUGGAGAGGAAAUAUUAGUUUAUAACUCCUUUUAUUCUCGUGAUGCUUGCCUUAGUGAAUAUGCGGGAAGACUAGCAUCGUAUAUAUGCAACUGCACUUUCGAACCGCAGAUAGCUUCUAAUCCUUGUAAUGGUACGCAAUUUCUCACCUGUAUCACUCCUUUAGCAAGUAAAUUCAGACAAGAUCUUAGCCAGAAUUUGUCUAUUUGCCCGAUUGCUUGUGAGACUUAUAGUUAUCCGACUGAAAUAUCUCAAUCAGCGUUAGCAGCAUUGGCUUUUGCCAGCUCUCUAGAUCCAUUGAUUAAUGUUUCUGGAAUUAUUGCUAACGCCAAAGCGAAUAAUUGGAUUGCUCCAAAUCAGUCCUAUUUCGCGGCUGAUUUCAUCAGGGACAAUAUUGUUUAUUUAGAUAUCUACUAUAGUGAUUUGCAUUUAACUCAGACGCUACAAGAGGAAGAUACUGGAUUUUCUAAAAUUAUAAGUGAAUUGGGAGGCCAGUUGGGAAUAUGCAUAGGUGCUAGUGCUCUAACCAUUUGUGAGAUCGUGCAGUAUCUGAUCAAAAAGUGUUUUGCUUCCAAUAAAAAAUCAAAGAGCGAUAAAUCAUCAACUAACACUAUAUCCUUAGGCCAUGACAAGAAGCCAUUCGAAACUACCACUGUGACAAACAUAGAUCUUUAA